UGUACCCAGAACCAAUUUCAUCCAUUAACAAACAAAAUAAUCAAAUCACAAUCACUUAAUUAUUAGCAGUAUAUGAUGAUGGUUUCCAACAAAAUAUUCUUGUUAUUACUUCAGUUUUUCACUCUCUUGUACCUCUUUGCAAAUACUUUUGCUUCCACUGAGGAAGCAACUGCUCUCCUAAAAUGGAAAUCAACUUUCAAGAACCAGAAUAAUUCCUUAUUGGCUUCAUGGAAACCAAGUUUUGAUGCAUGCAGCGGCAGGUACGGAGUUAUUUGCUUUAAUGGUAGGGUAAACAGGUUGAAUAUUAAUAAUUCUAGAGUCAUUGGUACCCUCUAUGAUUUUCCGUUUUCAUCCCUCCCUUUUCUUGAAUAUUUUAAACUUAGCAUGAACAAUUUUUAUGGAACCAUCCCACCUGAGAUUGGUAAUCUCACUAAUCUUAUCUGUCUUGACUUGCAUGCCAAUCAAAUUUCGGGCACAAUCCCAUCACAAAUCGGCUCACUAGUCAAGCUUCAAAUCCUCCACAUAUUUGACAACCAUUUAAAUGGUCCCAUUCUAGAAGAAAUAGGUUACCUAAGGUCUCUUACUAAGCUAUCUUUGGGCGAGAACUUCCUUAAUGGCUCUAUUCCCGCUUCAUUGGGGAAUUUGUACAACUCUCUGCCCAAUUCCUAGUGAGUUGGGGAAUCUGAAAAACCUCAAUUAUCUGGAAUUAUCCAAUAAUCACCUCACUGGCCCAAUUCCUAGUGAGUUGGAGAAUCUGACAAACCUCAGUGAUUUAGGAUUAUCCAAUAAUCAACUCU